CCAUGAGCAGCGCUGUGGUCCUCGCCCACCUCCCAGACCCCAGCAGCAGCUUCAGGGAAGACGCUCCCCGACCCCCUGUCCCGGGGGAGGAAGGAGAAGCACUAUGUCCCCAACUCUCCAGCUCGUUCCUCCCCAAAAGCCAAAGCUUCAAGGCCAUGCCGGUGCCUCCUGCCCCGCGGAGGAAUGAGAACGGGCUCGGGGAGCCGGAAGGCAGCGCAUCCCCAGACUCCCCUCUGGCCAGAUGGACCAAAUCCUUGCAUUCCUUGUUGGGAGAUCAAGAUGGUGCCUAUCUUUUUCGGACCUUCUUGGAGAGGGAAAAGUGUGUGGAUACCUUAGACUUCUGGUUCGCCUGCAAUGGCUUCAGGCAGAUGGACCUUAAGGAUACCAAAACUUUAAGAGUAGCCAAAGCUAUAUACAAAAGGUACAUCGAGAACAACAGCAUCGUCUCCAAGCAGCUCAAGCCUGCUACCAAGACCUACAUAAGGGAUAGCAUCAAGAAGCAGCAGAUAGAUUCUAUCAUGUUUGAUCAGGCACAGACUGAGAUUCAGACCGUGAUGGAGGAAAAUGCUUACCAGAUGUUUUUAACUUCUGAUAUAUACCUCGAAUAUGUAAGGAGUGGAGGAGAGAACCCUGCUUACAUGAACAGCAAUGGACUGGGGAGCUUAAAAGUUGUCUGUGGCUAUCUCCCGACCUUGAAUGAAGAAGAGGAAUGGAGCUGUGCAGACUUUAAAAACAAAAUCUUGCCUUCGGUGGUUGGACUAUCCAGCAAGACGUUGAGGGUUACAGCGAACGUCCGAGCUACGGAGAUGAUCGAGAACGGCUACAGGUCCUUCAAGAGGAACGACCCCAUUAACCCAUACCAUGUGAAUUCUGGCUACGUUUUUGCCCCAGCCACCAGCGCGAACGACAGCGAGAUAUCCAGCGAUGCCCUGACGGACGACUCCAUGUCCAUGACGGACAGCAGCGUAGAUGGGAUCCCCCCCUACAGAAUUGGGAGCAAGAAGCAGCUCCAGCGGGAAAUGCAUCGGAGCGUCAAGGCCAACGGGCAAGUUUCUCUACCUCAUUUUCCG